UAGGCGUCGCCUAGGCGACGCCAAGGCGUCCUGGCGCUAAUUUUUUCUGGGCGUCGGGGUCGCCACGACUGGAACAUGUAUGGCGUCCACUAUGGCGUCCGAGGCGUCCGCCUUGGCCGAUUUGGCGUCCAGGCGUCGCCUUUUAGGUCCUGGCGGACGCUUUAGUCGUCAAUCGGCUGCGCGCGGGAGCGGACGCGGGGUCUGCGCGGGAACAGAGAUGCCUGCGCGGGAAGGAAAGCCGCGCGCGAGAAGGAUUCUGCGCAGGAAGGAAAGCAGCGCGCGAGAGGGAUUCGCGCCCUUCCGCAGUAGGCACAGAUAGAAACAGCAGCAGAGAGAGAAAGAGAGCGAGCGCGCGGAGAGAGACCCGGCGAAGAACAGCGGCGAGAGAGAGCGGAGAGAGAGAGAGCCGGUGGCUUGCCUUCUUCUCCGUUGCGCGUCCACGCCGGCAGGCGCGUCCCUGUGCGUCUCGUACCCGCCCGGCGACCGCAUCCGCCCGCCGGACACAAGUCGCUGCGCAGCACCUCGGCUGCAUCUCGUACCCGCCCGGCGACCGCAUCCGCUUGCCACGCGGCACCUCCGUCCGACGCCUGUUGCCUGCUCCAUCUGCUUCCUCCGACCAGCUUCCUCUGAGCCAGCUGCGACUGUGAGCCGAAGACUGAAGCUCACCUAUCCAGAACAAUGGUAGACCCGGCGUCUGCUGCUGGUGACUAUGAUCCAAAGACCGAUCCGGCUAGGAAGGCAAAAUCAAAUGAUCCUGGGUGGAAGUAUGGUUACUGGCCAGACCUUCAGAACAAAGAUAAGGUGCAAUGCAUCUUAUGUGGGAAGGAUUUCAGUGGAGGAAUAAAAAGAUUCAAGCAGCAUUUGGCAGGUGGAUAUGGAGAUGCAAAGUUAUGUGAACAUUCCACUUCAGAAAUGAGGCGAGAGUUUGCAGCUUAUUUGAAGGGAAAUAAGAGAAAAAGAGCAAAAUAUGUUCAUGAUGAUGACGAUGACGGUGAUGAUGAUGGAGAAGAGGAAACGGAAGUGGUGGAGGUGGCAGCAAAUGAGGGACAGGGUUCUGUUACAGGUCCGGCUUCCCAAGCUUCAAAGGUGCAGCCCAAGCCUCCCAAGACUAAACCAAGUUCAGGGACAGCAGCCAAAAGGAAGCAAGCAUUGUUGUCAUUCCAGGCUAGUGGUAAAAAGACUCAAGCACAGACAAAGGCAACCAAAAGUGUUGUUGAGAUGCUUCGAAAGUCACCAGAAGAGAUAGUAGAUGAAAGACUUUCAGGGACUUAUCAGCCAACAAUUGUGGCCAGCCAUAGAACUAAGGAGGAAAAAAGUUAUGUUGAUAAGCAGUGGGCCUUGUUCUUUUAUGAGUGUGGCGUUCCAUUCAAUGCAGCAGCUGCAAGACAGUACCAAAUUGCAAUUGAGGCCACAACACAGUAUGGCUCAGGAUACAUACCUCCUACACCUUAUCAACUUGGAGAGCCUUUGCUCCAACAAGUUGUGAAGGAUACAAGCACUAUGAGGGAAGAUCAUGAGAGGGCAUGGAAACAUUAUGGCUGCACACUUAUGUCAGAUGGAUGGUCCGAUAGAAGAGGACGCCACCUCAUCAACUUCCUAGUGAACAGCCCGGAAGGGACUUACUUUCUAGGUUCAGUUGAUGCAUCAAGUGAAGUGCAUGAUGCACCCAUGCUUGCUGAUUUGCUAGAGAAACAAAUUGAAGCCAUUGGAAAAGACAAGGUUGUGCAGAUUGUAACUGACAAUGGUGCAAACUAUAAGGCAGCCGGCAAGAUUCUAAUGGAGAGGAUCCCUAGCAUAUUUUGGAGUCCAUGCGCUGCACACUGCUUGGACCUCAUGUUGGAAGAGAUAGGGAACUUAAAGGCAUUCAAGAAACCUAUUACACGUGCAAGGCGUAUGACAACUUUUAUCUAUAGGCAUGGGAGGAUCCUUGCUGCCAUGAGGGAAAAGACAGGUGGGGCUGAUCUUGUGAGACCUGCAGCCACUCGGUUUGCAACUUCCUUUCUUACUUUGAAGAGUUUGCAUAAGCAUAAGGAUGCUUUGAAGGCAUUAUUUGUUAGUGAAACAUGGACUGGAAACAAAUUAGCAAAGACCAAAGCAGGCCUAGAUGUUCAUGACAUUGUGCUUUCCACCCAAUUUUGGAAUUCGGUGGAAGAUUGUCUUAGAGCUUCAGCCCCACUCCUUAUUGUGCUUAGGGUGGUUGAUGGAGAUGAGAAGCCUGCAAUGCCGGAGGUUCAAGCAUUAAUGGACCAAGCAAAAGAGAGGAUUAGUCAAAGUUUUGCUAUCCAAUCCAAAAAACCUUUGCUUAAGAAGAUCAUGGCUAUUAUCGAGAGACGUUGGGUAAAACAAAUGGAUCAUCCUCUGUAUGGGGCUGCAUUGUAUUUGAACCCAGGAAAAUUCCAUCCCCUCAUAAAAAAAGAUGAUGAUGCAACUAUUGGACAGCUAAGGGGCUGCUUUCUUGAUGUGCUUGCAAGAAUGGUGGAGGAUGAGGAAACUCGAGACAAGAUUAAUGCCCAAGCCAUGGACUAUGAAUGUCUUAGAGGAGUGGCUUUUUCAAAUAAAAUGGCCAAACAAAACCUUGAGUCAAUGAGCCCUCUUGAUUGGUGGCGUUCCUAUAGCGGCCGUGCUAUAGAGCUGCAAAGAUUUGCAAGGCGUGUGGUUAGUCUUUGUGCUUCAUCUUCGGGCUAUGAAAGAAACAGGAGUACCUUUGAAUUUAUCCACACAAAGAAAAGGAACCGUUUGUUGCACAAAAGGUUGAACUCUAUUGUGUUUGUUUCCUACAACCGAAAGAUGAAGUCUAGGUUCCAAAAAUUAAAACAGAAGAAGGGAAAGGCCUUUGAUCCUUUAGUCAUUGAGGACUUUGAUUGGAACAAUGAGUGGACUGAUUCAUUGCAUGUACACCCUCAAGGUGGUCGCGGAUGCGAGUGUGACCUUACAUGGAACCAUGUUGAUGAGGCUCUUGGAGCAAGUGAAGCACUUCGGGGCAGAAAUUUUCCAAGAAGAGCCCACAAUAGACAUGCAAGAAAUUCUGCACCUAAUGUAGCUGAGGAUGACUUGGGUUCGGACAAUGAAGGAGAAGGAGAACAAGAAGAAUGUUCAGAUCCUUAUGAUGAUGCAGAUGUGACGGACUGUGAGGAUGAUCCAAAUGAGGAAAAUGGUGCUCAAGACAUGGAGGCAGACAACAUUCCGGGAGAGUUUGAUGAUGACUAUUGAGAGAGAUCUCACAUUUUCUAUUUUGCUAUCUAUAUAUGAUGUGCACUAGCACUAUUAGCAGUUAGCAGUUUAGCACUACUAGUGCUGCCAUAUUAUGCCAUUAGAGGUUAAUUUGUCACUAUGAAACAUUUCAUGUUUGCUGUAUUUCUAUUUUAUGCUGUGCCCUAGUAAUUUAGUAGCUCUAAGACACUAAUUAUUGUGGAAUUGCAUGCUAAGUAUUGGCAAUGUUAAGGUACUAUUUGCUUCUGAA